GGGAAUGAGGGAGUAUAAUUAUCUCUAAAAAUCUUAAAUUGUAUAGGAUAGCAUUUAAAAAGGAAUAUAAAAUUGGAGUAAUUACAGACAUUAAUUAAUCAUUAAUUGAUAGAAUCACAAUUCCCGAGGUCAUCUCCAAAAAGACUUUAAUAUAAAAAAUUGUCACUCAUAAACCAUGCAGUAGGCAAUAUAUAGCUGCCUAUCUUAGCCAACAGACAGAACAUACAUACACAUACACAUUCAUUCAUUUUUCAGAGAAUUUUUCUUCUGUACUUUGCUGUUUUCCAUGUGAAAAAAAUAAAAUCCUUUUAAAAAAAAAAAGUACUCAUAAAUCAUCUAUUUUAUCAUAUUCACAAUAUGUCAGAUUUCAGAAAAAUAAGUACUCCCAAGUUUCGGUUUUAGCAUUACUUACAGAAAUCGCUCUGUUUCUGAAACUCGUAAACCUGCAAACUUGUUAAACAGAUUUUAUGUGUCAUAUUUUCAGCCUUGGUAAUGUAAAUCAGAUGAAGUAAAGCAUCCCCCUUUUUUUCUUCUAAAUCUCAAAGAAAAAAAAUGUCUGCAAAACUUCUGUAUUCAAUGUCAGAAGAAAAUCAGAAUUUGAAGAAGCAGAUUGGAUGUAUGAAUGGAUUGCUUCAAUUCUUUGAUCCUCAUCAUUUCAUCAAUAAUCGUGUCAUUAGCAAUUCAACUAACAGAAGAACUUCUCCAGGUGAAAACAAGCAGCAUGGAAGAGCAGGCAAUAAUGCCAGCAAGAAAUCGAAGGACAAACACGCGAAUGUCAUAAAGGAGAUGGAAGCUAACCCCGUAGAAUCAUCUAGAAUUUCAAUCUCAUCUUCUGGUUCAACGGCCAUAUCCUCAUCAGAAUAUGAAUGGACCGCCAAUUCUGAACAGUCGCUGUCAUGGGAUUACCUAGCAAACCAGCCACAAUCUCUUCCACAACAACCAAGUCCACCAGUAAAAAUGGGCUACCACCACAAGAAACACAUUAUCAGAGAGACUGCCCCCUCUGCAUCACCAAUAUCAAUUGCAUCAUCGAUAUCAACUGUAUCAAGAGAGGUGAAAUAUGACUAUCAGCAUAUGGAUUCCCCAAGACUUUCACAUACGUCCAGAUCAGAUAGCCCACGACUUGCUGCUCUCAAUGAGUCAUUCCGUUCAAUUAGUUCCAACCAUAGUGCGCCUGUAGCAACUCCAAGAAAGAAAGAUCUUGCUCGAUUGUCUUAUGAUGGCAGGGAAACAAGGGACAAUCACAUUUCUAGCUUGAAAGUUAAAGACCUCCCGAGGUUGUCAUUAGAUAGUAAACAACGAACUGUAAAAGUAUCUGCCCAUGAGUCGAAAGACGAUUUACUCCUAGGAGACUUAAAGAGAGAGAUUUGCAGUCCCAGCAAAUUCCAGAGUGACCAACAGGAGCCUACAAGUUACAGAGCACCAUCUAACGUUGUGGCAAAGUUGAUGGGGUUGGAAGCUCUGCCAAAUGAUACACCAUCCAACAAGAGUAGGAUAGAGCAAGAUGGCUCUAACUAUUUCCGAAAUGCUGAGUUGUUCUCGAGAUCUUCAAGGACCAUAGAUGAAAACAAAGUAGAUCGGGUUUUGAACUCCCCAAGAAGUAAUUGCAAGGAAUCCAGGACUCCACGGUCAAAUAAAGCCAAGUCAGAACAAACAGCUUCUCUAUCUCAGGAAGCUGAGAAAGAACCCAAAAACCAUCCUCUCACUGUCUAUGGUGCAAUUGAGAAAAGGUUGGCUGAUCUUGAUUUCCAAAAAUCUGGGAAGGAUCUUAGAGCUCUAAAACAGAUACUUGACUCAAUGCACAAGGAGAAAAACAAGUUGGAAAUCAGAAGGGAAAAUCAGUCUCCACAUUGUGCAUCCCAAACAAGCAAUAGCAGCUCUGUUCGAAACAGCCAAAAACAGGGUCCAAAAAAGGCUACUCCGUCUUCAAGUAAAGGGUUCAAUAUCAUCAAAGAUGCUACAUCAGCUAAAAAUAUAAAGCCGACUAAACUUGUCAAAGGUUCAAGGGAAGAAACAACUCAAGUUGUACAAGAUAUACCCGUAAUUAGCCUUCAGAGACUUAGGAUUGUUCAGCCUUUAGAUGGCCCCAAGGAUUCAGCACAGAAGAAAGCAGCAAAAGAUCCCAAAGAAACUCAUCACAUCAGGAAGAAGUAUUCUGGAGAACGAACUCCAAGGCCAAUAAGAACUUCAAAAGCACCUGAGCAUAUGGCCAAGGCAAAUGUGACAAGCUCAGCAAGGAUUUCAGACGCAAGAAGCACCCCUGGAACAACACCCGUUUCUAAAGUAAAGCAAAGCCAGCAAGCUAUGAGCUUCAUCCCUCACAACCGAAAGCUACCACAAGAUUCAUCUUUUUUGCAGGAGACUGAUGGACAAUCAAGUGAGUUCAGAAAUGAAUCAGCAUCCCUGAGUCAACAAGGAAACACAAAUCCAUUGUUAUCCCAAAACAACAGUAGCAUGGUCUCACAUAUUCACAGAUGUAUUGAAAUUGCUAAUGAAUCAUGCAUGAAAUAUGAAACCAUGCAGCAAGUGAGUGGUAACAAAAAUUCAGAAGCAAUCCGAGGCAAUGCACCUUUGGAAGAACUAGCAAUAACUGUAAGGGAGCAACCAAGCCCGGUUUCAGUUCUUGAUGCUAAUUUCUUCGAUGAUGAAACUCCGUCUCCAGUUAGAAAGAAACCAACAGCAUUCAGAGAUUUGGUGACCAAUGCACCAUACACUGAAGCAGAGUGCAUGGACACUGAUCCAUCUUACUCUGUAGACAGCAUGAGAGCAGGUUUCAUCUAUGGGAGAGAUUAUCAAACACUAGAAAACUUCAAAGAGUUAGCUCCUACUGUAAGGAACAUGAACACUUAUCAAAAUGUGAAUUUAGGUAAUGCCGGACCUCUUUACAACAGCAUGAAUCUGGAAAAGUCAUAUGUGUCUGAAAUACUCUCUGCCUCAGGAUUCGUAAAUCAUCUUAAAUACACAAUGGACAAUCAUCUUGUCCUCCAGUCACAAGAAGCAAUUAACCCCAAUCUGUUUUUUGUGCUGGAACAAGACAUAGGAAGCAGUUUUAUUUCAGAUAAAAGAUCCAACAGUAACGAGAGAAUAACAAGAACCACAGAAAUGCGCGGGAGAAGGCUCUUGUUUGAUGCAGUUAAUGAAAUAUUAUCUCAGAAACUCUCUCAACCAAGACCAUCCUUGAAAUUGCAUUCAGAGCUCACAACUACUGGCCCAAAGCUCCUGCAGGAGAUAUUAAAAGAAAUUGAUCGGCUCCAACCUAUCAGCUUGCCUCAAAACUUAGAUGAUGAGGAGGAUUUUCUGACAACCAUCAUAGGGAAAGAUCUGACACAUAAAUCAGCAGAUUGGACUGAUGUCAGUGGUGAAACACCAGCUUUGGUUUUAGAUAUUGAAACAUUGAUUUUUAAAGACUUGAUAGUGGAGCUUGUUGAAGACAAGGCCACAGAAGUACAAUCUCAGAAAUACUGAAAGCAGUAACGUCUCUCAAAAUCUUUACUAACUUAACUAUUUCUUUUGCUUUAGGACUUUCACUCUUGUAAUUCAUGUUUAGUCCACUUUCCAUCCUUUUGUUUCUCCUUUUGCAUUUUAAUUAACUUGAUUGUCAAGCAAAGCAUGUUAAUCAACAAUACAGUUGUAAUUUUGUAAAGUAAAUUUACUUUCAUACG